GAGUUAACUAUCGCAAAUGGCGGAAAAUAAUCAUCAAGCAGGAGAAAAGGCGUACGCUUCACCGUACGGCCGAGUCGACGAAGAGGUAGCAUCGGUUGCACAAAAGAACGAAAAGCGCAAGAAACGAGUGAAAUGCUUCACAUACGUCGCCGUUUUCAUCGUAAUCCAGUCCGUUAUUUUCAUGAUCUUCGGCCUAACGAUCAUGAAGGUACGUACUCCCAAGUUCCACGUCAGAUCCGCAACUUUCGGCGCCUUCGAGGUGUCCACGCUGGACACAAACCCUUCCUUCAACAUCAACAUGAUCGCGGAUUUGUCGGUCAGAAACCGGAAUUUCGGGCAGUACAAGUACCAGAACAGCACCGUGGAGUUCUUCUUCAGGGGGACCAAAGUCGGGGAGGCGCGCAUUGUCAGAUCCCGCGCGAACGCGAGAUCCACUCGGCGGUUUCUGGCCACGGUGGAUUUGUCGUCGGCGGGAGUUCCGACGGAAGUGCUGGCGAACGAGUUCAGAACUCACGCUUUGAUUCCGUUGACUAGCCGGUCAACGCUGAGGGGGAAGGUGGAGAUUAUGAAACUGAUGAAGAAAAACAAGUCCACCAAUAUGAAUUGCACUAUGGAGAUUAUGAUCUCGUCCAAACAGCUUGGGAAUAUCUCUUGCAGAUGAUUAUAUUAUUAUUUAUUUUUGUACUAAAUGUUUGAUUUUAAUUUUAAUUGUUCUUCCAUU